AUGUCUAACAUGCUUAAACAAGCAGAUACCAUCCUAUGUUAUAACGUUAUCGUUCUUUCUCUUAUAGGUGAUGGAUAUCUUGGAUGCUUUGUAGAUAUGAUGAAUGACUGGGUGUUGUCUGGCGAAAGUCCGACAGAUAGUUCACCGAUUACCAUUUCAUAUUGCAUCCAGUUUUGUAACGAGUCUAUCACAGCUAAUUAUACUUAUGCUGGUGUUGAAAGUGGAAAUGAAUGCUACUGUGGUGAAGGCAGUGAUAACUAUACUAGACAUGGAGUGGGAUCAGAUGUGGACUGCCAAUUCCCAUGCCAAGGAGACCCUACAGAGAGCUGUGGUGGAUCUGGAUACAUAGCUGUCUUUAUCAUAUCAGCCGACAUGGGGACAACGACGAAUACGCCAACUGAAUCAAUGGUUACCUCACCACCACCGACGACAUCCGAGGUAACUUCUACCAACCAAACCGCCACAACAAGUAACGAAAAUGUGAUUUCGACAUCGUUGUCAGCGUCAUCAUCAGCUUCAUCAUCUCUGAAACCUCAAGGUACGUCCAAUGUUCCCACAGUGGGAAAUAGCACAGGCUUAUAUGCAGGGAUUGGCGGAGGUGUUGCUGCUGUUAUGAUCAUCAUCAUAAUCAUCGUCGCCGUCGCAUAUAUCAGGAAGAGAAGGUCCCAGCAGAGGACAAAGAGUAUUGCCUCGUCACAAGGAACGACGUUGCCUCCAGCCAGCAGGCCUCCAGCAUACGAUGAGAUAAAUGACUUCGGUAUCCCCAACGGUGCAAUGGCAGAGGCGCCGUCAGCAAGAAGCUACCAACCUGGGGCACAAGCACACAGUAGCGCGAAUUCUUCUAGAGGAGACAAGAACGUUCUCCUUGUAAAUCUGAAUCCAAGGAAAUCAUCGAAUAUAUAUGAGGGGACAAUGGAUGAAACCCCAGAUGAUGAACCGACGCGAAAUCCUUCACCUGGGAUCACUGCCGUCCCGCAGAACAGGAACGACCGAUUAAGCGUCCAUUACGCCACGCCUGACAAAAACGGAAACGACGCACAGGACGGCUACGACGAAAUUAAUGUCGGAAUUGCACCCUACUCUUCUUUUGAAAAUCCUACGCAGCCACCCGCCUCGGCGAAGAUGGCUGACAGAAUGAGCGUCAUUUACGCUGCACCCGAUAAGAACGGCGAACGGAACGGCACCUCUGAAGAUAUGGACAGUCUGUACGCUAUGCCAGAUAAGAAUGGAAACCGGAACAACCCUUCGGAUGAUACCUCGGAGGAUGUCGGCGGUUUGUACGCGAUGCCCGAUAAAUCCCGAGGAAAACCGGACGGGUACGACGGAGAUCAAGAUCUUUACGCUAAAACUAAUGACUCGUUUUCUGGUGAUCAGUAUAGUGAAAUGGAUAUGGUUGAAAAUGAAUUGUAUGCUAUGUAAGAGUUGUUGGUUUGAAGUAACAGUAAACAUCAACAUAGUAAAUGAAUGGGGAAAAAUCCUUGUACAGUUUUGUUUGAAAUGUCAUAACACUAAUCAUUACAUCAUUUGGUAAUUAGAGGACAAGUCCACCCCAACAAAAACUUGAUUUGAAUAAAAAGAGAAAAAAUCAACAAGCAUAACACU